UUGGUAGGUCUGUGAUUCCGUAAAACGUAGCCAAUCGCAGCAGACAAAAAACUAAAAAGCAACGGCUGUUGUAAGGUGGCCAUCUUGGGAGUUAGAGGCGGCUUGAACGGUCCAGAAGUCCCAUCACAAGCACGCAGGCAUAGAAAGGAGUCCGCUGAAGUUAGGCUUACUAACUAGGGAUGGCUUGUGCGACUUUAAAGCGAACACACGACUGGGAUCCCCUGCACAGUCCGAACGGCAGAUCGCCGAAAAGACGGAGAUGUAUGCCUCUGUCAGUCUCCCCACCAGCGCCUCCAACAAGGGCGCACCAAAUCAAUCCCUCGCCGUUUGGAGAGGUGCCACCGAAGUUGACUUCAGAGGAGAUAGCAGCCAACAUUCGCGAGGAGAUGCGACGGCUGCAACGGCGCAAGCAGCUCUGCUUCCAGGGGUCUGACCCUGAAUCCCAGCCCACAAGUGGCCUCUUGUCUCCCGUCCGUCGAGACCAGCCUCUGUUCACCUUCCGCCAGGUAGGGCUCAUUUGUGAGCGGAUGAUGAAGGAGCGAGAGAGCCAGAUACGGGAAGAGUAUGACCACGUCCUUUCCACCAAGCUCGCAGAACAAUACGACACAUUUGUUAAAUUUACCUAUGACCAAAUUCAGAAGCGGUAUGAGGGUGCUACACCCAGCUAUUUGUCGUAACACGAUGCUGCACUGUGAAAGAACUCAAGUGGGGGUUCUGUGCUGUAGCUAACCGAGGGCAAGGCAGUAUGAGCCUGGACUCUGCAGGCACCAAUGUCCAUCCAGCCUGCAUGCCACAGUGUUGCCCCUCAUUUGUCAGUUCUUCCAUUCUCUUGUGACUUGCACACAGACUGCUGGUGCGUUCAUUCCCUGACAGAAAGAAGCAAAGGAGACGCCUCAUCUACAAGCCCUUCUGUGUUGGCGAUGCGAAUAAGUGUGUGCUUUCUGCUGUUGCCACCUCGCCAUAGGAGACCUGUGAUGACGUUAAGAGUGCUGAAUGUGACAUUGCAUGUGGUUGGUGGAUGCAAAAGACUGCUUUUGUAUGCCAAGGAGUGAAGUUUAGUCACAUUUUCUAUGUAAAGAGUUAAAAAAGUACAAGUGUGGUGCAUUGCAACGUGUAAUUAUAUGGCUUCAGUUUACUUUGCCCUGAAUGAAUGUCCAUUUUGUGCUUACAUUGUUGCAGUGUGUGUGACGUGAAGCUUCAGCAUGAACAGCUUGCUGGAUAUUGAGGGGUGCACUUAGGUGUGCGAUUGCAGAGAGCUUUACAUGGCUAGGAGGAAAAGUAUUGAAACUGCAGCUCACAGUCACCAAGAGGCGGCUUCAAAAUUAACUUAGUGUACAGAUGUAUAAUAUAUAAUGCACUACAGGGUGUGCAUGCCAAGCUGAUGCAUUAGUUUUGUACCACUGCGUGCAUUUUCUUGCCUUUGCUUUCAAAAUAUUUGACUGGCUCAUGUACAUAGAUUUGCACGGGUUUUGCCACAUUGCUCUUCUCUUGUGUGGCGAUUCACAGAGGUCUUGGAUGGGAUAUGCAGAAUGCCCGAGCAGUGCCUCCCUGGUUGCAUUUUGAAUGCAGUCGGCAGCAAUGUUGCGUGAAAGCUCCUGAACCGUAAAUGCCUGUAACACGUAGCUGUUUGGACAGUUUUGAACAAGCAGUUCAUUCGGCUUUGUAAACACGAGGUCUGUUGCACGCAUUGGUUCUUUACACUUGAGUUGUGCACUUGCUGUAAUGAGGUCAACAUGAAAUCAUCACUGAAGCACUCAAAACCUUGAGUUUGUGCAAUUCAGUUGUUUGCUUUAAUGCUGGAGUAGUCUUUGGCUUUCAUUUGCUCUGCAGAUGUGUAACUUGAUGGCUAUUAGAAUAAAACAUUUGAGAUACAA